GAAAAUACAAGUAGCAACAGUUAUGGAGAUUCGCUUUCAUUAUCCAGUGAGCUAACAUGUGAGCAGUUCAAUGGAACAGCUAGGCUGACGUACAAACUAAAGUCGAGCAUGUCCUCUGCCAAUCACUGUCAGCACUCUUAGCCUCAGAAUCAACAGACACAACAGACAGGCUUGUACAACAUGUCAGCGUGCAGGAGGAUGCUUUACCUGGUAAAGCACAGGAGCCUGUUGACGCAUGUCCGGAGAAAUCUGACUACAUGGUCUCCCGUUGGAGCUGCUUUCAAUGCCAGACCUCACAGGAAACUGGACCUGUUUCAGAAAAAUGUGGGUUUGUUUGGAGUGCCAGAGCUGAGCUGUCCUGCAGGCUUUCAGGUGGCCACAGAGAAAGCUCUGAAGAACACGGAGCAUCUGGUGGAGAAAGCCUAUUCUUCUUCUCCAGGAGUUCAGACAGUCCAGUGCUUUGACCAGCUCUCAGAUGAACUGUGUAAAGUGGCCGAUCUGGCAGACUUUAUAAAAGUAGCUCACCCCGAUCCAGCUUUCCGCGAGGCUGCUGAGAAGACCUGCAUCGAGAUCGGCACAGUCGUGGAGAAACUGAACACUAAUGUUGAGUUAUGCAAGAGCCUGAAGAAUUUGCUGGACAACCCAGACAUCGUGGCUCAGCUGGAUUCCGAUACAAGGCGAGUGGCAGACCUGUUCAUGUUCGACUUUGAAAUCAGUGGAAUUCACCUAGAUGACACACUGAGGAAAGAGGCGGUUGCUCUUCACGUGAAGUUGCUGGAUCUAAACAACGAGUUCCUGGUCGGCUCCCACAUGCCGAACAGGAUCGCCAGGUCUGCGAUUCCCGAGCACCUACAUCUGCACUUUGCAACAGAAGGAAGCUUCAUUCAAAUCGGGGGACUGCAUGCAGAUUCCCCCAAUGACUUGGUGCGAGAAAUCGCCUACAGGAUUUAUCUCUAUCCCAACACAGAGCUGAUGGGGUGUUUGGAAGAGCUGCUGACAUGCAGAUACAAACUGGCCACGCUGGUGGGCUACGAGUCCUACGGACACAGAGCCCUAAAGGGAACGAUGGCCAAAACCCCAGAGACAGUGAUGAGCUUUCUUCAGCUGUUAACAGACAAGCUGUCAGACAGAACAGCAAAAGACUUUAAGAUGAUGAGAGACAUGAAGAAGAAGCUCAGCCCUCGACAUUCUGAGCUCAUGCCCUGGGAUCAUCCGUACCUCAGCGGUGUCCUGCGUGCUGAAAGGUACAACAUAGAGCCCAGUCUGUACAGUCCCUACUUGUCUCUUGGUUCCUGUAUGGAGGGUUUGAACAAUCUCUUCUCUCAGCUGUACGGCGUCUCCCUCAUGUCUGAACAGCCCAGAGCUGGAGAGGUCUGGAGCGAGGAUGUCCGCAAACUGGCUGUGGUCCAUGAGACGGAGGGAUUACUGGGAUACAUCUACUGUGACUUUUUCCACCGGCAAGAUAAACCUCAUCAGGACUGUCACUUCACCAUCCGCGGUGGGCGCCAGUGCCAGGAAACGGGUCAGUACCAGUUGCCAGUCGUGGUGCUGAUGCUGAGUCUGCCUCACCCUACCAAGGGCGCCCCCACCUUGCUCACUCCCGGCAUGAUGGAGAACCUCUUCCACGAGAUGGGCCACGCUAUGCACUCCAUGCUGGGACGCACUCGCUACCAGCACGUGACAGGAACCAGAUGUGCAACUGAUUUUGCUGAAGUGCCCUCCAUCCUCAUGGAAUACUUUGCCACCGACUAUCGAGUCAUCAGCCAGUUUGCACGACACUAUGAAACUGGACAGCCGCUACCCGAGAGUAUGGUGGCUCGCUUGUGUGAGUCCAAAAAGGUGUGUGGAGCUGCAGACACCCAGUUGCAGAUUUUCUAUGCAGUCUUGGACCAGAUCUACCACAGCAAACCACAGAACCGAUCUACCACAGAAAUCCUGAAGGACAUGCAGCAGAAAUUCUACGGCCUGCCUUACACGCCCAACACGGCAUGGCAGCUGAGAUUCAGCCACCUGAUUGGGUACGGGGCCAAGUACUACUCCUACCUCAUGUCACGGGCGGUGGCCUCGAUGGUGUGGAAACAAUGCUUCAUAGAGGAUCCUUUAAACAGGGAAAUGGGUGAGCGGUAUCGACGGGAGAUGUUGGCCCACGGAGGAGCUAAGGAGCCCAUGCUGAUGGUGGAGGGCAUGCUGCAGAGACGGCCCACCAUCGAGGACUUUGUGGACGCGCUCGUGUCUGAGCUCAACCCAAACUUUGAGACCUUCAUCAUGGACUCUGAGAGUUGAAGGCCAGUUUUGGCUGCAAGGAAACAAACUUUAUGAGGCAAAGAUUGAGAGAACGCUGGAGAAAUCAAAGACAUGCCGUCAUAUUUCAUGGUCACUGUUUCUAAAGAUCUUCAUGUUUUCUGCAAAUGAACAUAAUUUAUAUUUAAUAUAUUUGUCAUGUUCUCUUGCUGCACACAGUUAAAAAGUUAAAGAACCCUGAAACUGUUGUAAAACCUUUUUUUUUUUUAACCAUUUAAACUUAAAAAGUUUAACACUUUAAACUUUUGAAAGAAUGAAUAACAAAAUGCAAUCAUUUUCACAGCUUAUACCCCUCAAAAGAUAUUGUUCUGAGCUUGUGUAACAGCAGAACAUUGUUUUGUUUUGGCUUUUUCCUGAUCAAAUCAGCAUGAGGAAGAAUACUUAAUCCGUUCUUCCCGUCAUGUGGACAUUGUUUAGGCUUUAAAUUAAUACCGCUCCAUCUGUUUUGUCUGUCAGGAGUUUGGGGAGGGGUGAAACAGAAGAGAUUCAGCUUGUGAGUUUUUUACAGCACAAUAGGAAAGAUUUGGUCAGUUCUUAUCAUAUUAUUCAUAAAAGCUGUUGCAACAGUAAAAAACACAAAGCAACACAGUCUCUGGAAGUUUAAGAAGUUGUGCAUAUUUACGAAAAAGCUUCAGAGUCUGCUCCACAGCGAGGCUGUUUGCAUCUGUUCCAACAGUUUCACACUGUAGUCGUCAGCUGGGCUCUGACUGCAGCUGCCUUUGCUUGCCUUGUGCCAGCGCCGAGAUGCAGAUUCACGUCGCUGUUGAAAGUGUAAACACGCGAUCAGACGGGCGGAGCCUGAGCGAGCUGGGUGGCUCGAACCACACAGAGGCUGCAACACUGUGAUUUGACAGUUAUAUGGAUGUGAUGUCUCUCCAACAUUGCUCUGCUUUCAGAUCUUUCCAAUUAAACCUGAAGCAAAUUAUAUCAGCAGAGAUUAAAUGUAACUGAAGUGCAGCCCCAGUAUUAAUGUUAGUGUAAUUUUAGGCAUCAAAACAAAUUGAGUUGUCACACUGAGUGCUAUGCCGCCUGUACAGAUGGCUUUGGAAGAAACAUAAGAUGUUUAGAUGAAAUCAUUCUUUAGUGAUUUUUUUUUUUCCCGUGGUGAUCAGCUGUCAUAUUUAUAAAAUGUUUUUUUUUUUUAAAUUAGAAGAAUAGAUGGUAAUAUAUACUUAGCUGUUCAUCUGCUGGUUAACACAAAAAUCUGAGCAGCCAGUUUCAUGGCUGCACUGCAUUUAGACUGGACCCUGCUGACAUUCAAACUGAGCAUCAGGAUGGGGAAUAAAGGUGAGUUAUGUGACUUUGAACUGACAGAGACUGGUCUGACAAGAACAAUAUCCAGUGAGUGGCAGUUCUCUGGAUGUAAAUGCCUUGAUGAUGUCAGAGGAGACCAAGUUGAUAGGAAGGCAACAAGUAACUGUUCUCUCAUUCAGAGAUGCUCAUCUGCAUACUUUGGUUGUAACAACACGUGAACUUUGAAGCAUAUGGACUACAGAAGACCACACCAGGUCCCACUCAUCAGCUAAGAACAGGACACUGAGGCUACAGUUUGCAUUGGGAUCACCAAAAUUGCAUAAUAAACUGGAAAAUGUUG